CUGAGUGUCGUUCUCAAUAUUAGCGGACCUACUUCAGGGGAAGUUUAUAAUUAGACACGUGUUUUCUCCGCUUUUUGUCAGUUGGAGAUCCACUGAUCCCUCUGUAAUUUGUUUUACAGCAAUGAUGGCCGUACAAAGAGGGGUAAGGAGUUCUUGAGAGCUCUCUUUCAGCCUUUAGAAUUGGUCAGGGCGACCCGCCGGGAAGUAUGAAGGCCGUGAAGUAUUUAAUCCAGGAGAUGUGCCCAUGAAGCUACCACACAACAGAUUAGAGCAGGCAGGCAGGUAGUUAUCAGACGUCUGUUUUCCUCUGUAGGGACUUUGUCCAUCACCCCUGCACAGUUUAUUUUCCCUGACAGGAAAAUAUCGUUUUAAAGUAUGGAGGACCUACUCUUUGACUUCGACCAGGAUGGCACGGCAGACUUUGCAUUAUGGGGACAGAUGGACCAGAACUUCCCGUUUCAGAGCCAACUGGACACCUUCCUGCUGGACUGCACAGCAGCCACUGGCCAGCUCUCACCCUGGUCCUCGUUCGGCUGUCAGUCCGUGUUCCCGGACGCACAGCUGACCUUCACCGAUCUCGACCUUCAGUCUCCAGGCCCUGGCGUCUGUCCUGGGGGAGAGAGCUCCCCCACCGAAGAGUCUCUGGAUGUGACCAAGCUCAGUGCGCGGACGUUAGCACCUCAUCAGCCAUACAAGGUGCAGCGGCAUGCCGCCAACAUCCGGGAGAGGAAGAGGAUGCUCAGCAUCAAUUCUGCCUUCGAGGAGCUUCGCUGCCACGUGCCGACGUUUCCCUACGAAAAGCGGCUGUCGAAGAUUGACACCCUGAGACUGGCCAUAGCUUACAUCGCCCUGCUGAGAGAGAUCCUGAUGUCCGGCUGCGACCCCAAAUCCUAUGUGGACGAGUGCAUGAAGAGCGGCUACAAGAAUCAAACCAACGCCAUCUGGAACACAAGCGACCUGACAGCCCGCCUCUCUUGGAUAAAGUGGGAUUAACGGAGGAACACGGGGCACCCUGAGCGUACAGGCUUCAGCGAGGAGGUGGUUCAGACUUUUUUUCCUCCUUUUCCUCUCACUGCAUGUCAAGAACAGACAGCCAGCCAGCAGGAGAGAGUGUGCCGACAGACAUCUGCAGACUUCUCACCAGGUCACACACCUCAGGCUUUCUUAGUCUUAUCCACUACUUUGUUCUUGGAAGCUUUUAAAAUUCUAAUUUGUUAUUGACUGGUAAUUGAGAGCCAUUGUUUUUGGGGCAAAGACGAGAAAGAGGGUCGUCAUUGUUGCCACAGAGAGGCACACUGGCACGAGACUGAAUGGACUUGUAAAGGACUCAUACUUCUGCACGCGGUGCUGAAGUGUUUUCUGGACUCUGGCUCAUUAGGCUGCGAGCUGAUGUGUUAAAAAGAGCCUUGAUCAUGUAAAUGAGACGAUGGGCGUGAGAAGCAGAUCGGUGCGGCGUGCUGUAGCGUGUCAGGUGCUGUUUCCAAACAUGGCAAUAAGGCCGGUUGUCAUCUGUCAUCUGUUGUGUUUAUUUAUUUGUAAUUAUUUCUUAUUUAUGACAAAAACACUCGUGGAAAAUAUCAUCAUGUAAUUGUUUGCAGCUUGGAGAAUGCAGUGAUUUUCAGGCUUUCUGUGCAUUUUAAGUUACUCCAUCCCGUGUAAAUGUGUAAUCUUUCUUUCCAGACAAGUGCAGCACCAUCAGUGGAGCAAUUUUGUGUAGAUGUGACACUGAUCUCUACUUAAAGGCAACACAUUACCUACAUUUUCCACUGCGGCCUUCAUGCACAGUUCAAGCCUGAACAUUAAAACCUUUCAAAGACAACGAGAAUAACAUCGCUGGUGUCAUUACAGGGUAAUGGUCUGCUGGGAAACCCCGGGUCCUGACAGUCAUUUUGACACACACUGCAACACAAGUGCAAACUGAGCAGGGCCAGACGAGCAGCCUUGAAACUGACAUGCUGGUUGGGUGUUAACCCCAAUCAAAUUUGUAAUUCUUACUUCACUGUCCAACAGAUGAGCUUUGCUUUGGUCCAGCACACAGCCAACCCUUUCUGUCUUACAGUGCAGCAUUAUGGCCCCAUUAUCAGGCUGUAGCACACCAUGUAAUGAUGGUGCUCGGCUUUCCUCUCAGCAGUCCGCAGAUGUCGCUCCAGGUGUAGUUAGAUGUGUAAAACAGGCGAAGGGAGUCAACAACACACCCAUUUUUCUUUUGCUCAGGCAAUUCUAGUGCCAGUAAUGGAGCCCAUAGGAAACCAUUACAAAGCAGCCCGGUUAUGACAGCUUAUGGAUGAUGUGGAGCUGAAUUUCUGUUGUGGGAAUUUUGGUCACAGUCAAUUAAAAUGAAGUCCCCAGUUGUUCUGUUAGACCGGUGAGAUUCAAACCUUCACGUGGAAACGUCAUUCACGGCAUUUCUCUGUACAUGGAACGAGAUGUGUGGAGCUUAAAUAAUGCCGCGUCAGAGAAACCGUCCUGCUCGAUAGCUUAUUCUGUUAGGGAAGUAUUCUAGUGUUACACGAGUCAUGUGAGUUGCAUUUGUGUGCGGUGCACCUGCUGGACAAUGCAAAUGCACCCAAAAGCCUUGAAUAUUUGCCUGUGAAGAACAAGAUUUGAUAAAACAGAGAAGAAGAGUAUAAAUGAGCCCGUGACCUUUUGUAGUCGUACUGAUAAGUCACCUUUGUUACCACUCUGCUGGGUCCCUCUAGUGGUAUUAGUUAACUAAUUCUUUCCCCUUUUUGGUGUCCUGUGUGUGUUUUACUUUAUUUUUUCACAUUUUGUCUUCAAUGACAUCAUCUCCAAGGUUCCACUGUAACCUAAAUAUUGAGAUAAAAAGGACUAAAAGCACUAAAAAGUUAUACAGUGCAUAUUAAAAACAGAUGAAAUGUGUGCCAAAUUAAAUCAGAUGAAUACAAACAAUCUUCCAUAUAAAUUAAACAAGCAUAA